AUAAAAUACAAGUUGGCGUAUUAUAUUAUAUUAUUAUUUCUUUCUUUCUUUCUUUCUUUCUUUUCUUAUGUGUCAUAUUAUAUCAAACCUUUUCUCUCUUCUUCUUCUUCUUCUGUAAUAGAUACAAUGUGCUCUGAUAUUAGUUACAAAGACAUAAUACUUUAUAAAACUGAGAAUUGUAGAAAUUGGAAUGAAAUGGGAUUUUGUAGAUAUGGUAAAAGAUGUCGUUAUGCUCACGGACAAGAAGAAUUGCGACCUAUUUUACGUUCAAAUCAAUACAAGACAAAGACAUGUAGAGCUUAUCAUGAAUAUGGCACUUGCUCUUAUGGAGUUCGAUGUACCUUUAUUCAUCAUCCAGAAGAUGACAAUCAGAUAAAGUCUACUUUUGAUUGCUCUUCGAUUGAUUCGAUAACGAAAAAAGGAUUAUCUUCUACUCGUUCAUAUAAUAAUAAUAAUAACAGCAAUGCUUCUUGUUUUGUAUCAAAAAAUAUAUGGGAUUCUGUUGUUGGAUUAUCAUCUUAUGAACCAAGUAGUAACAAUAGAUAUCACUGUCUAUAAAUAGGAAAUACGAAGGGAGAUAUAUACACAUACAUGUAUACCUAUAUAC